AAUAUAGAACAUGGGUGGUCACAGAGGUAAGACUAAGGAACCAAUGUCGUGGUCCGAUGAGAAUGAACACGCAUUUAUUGGUAUUCUUUACGAGAAUGUGAAAUCAGGGAUGUUGCAAUGUUCUACAUUCACGAAAGACGAUUGGGGCAAGAUCAAUCAAGCCAUGAUUACCCUCACAAAAACGGAUUACGGCAUAGAUAGAUUAAAGGGGAAAUGGAACCGUUUACGUAAGGUACAUCGCUUGUUCUCUGAACUUUUAGGACAUACAGGUGUUACAUGGGAUCCAAAUACCAACACAGUUAAUGCUCCAGAGGAAGUUUGGCAACACUUUUAUACGAUUAACAAGUCCGAGUACAAAAUAUUCAAGAAAGAAGGAUGUAAGCACUAUGAAACUCUUGGAGAGAUAUUUAGCGGGACUACAGCUACUGGAGGAUUAGGUAAUGCUUCCACUCAGCUUCCUCCAACAUCAGAGGAAGAAAGGCAGUUAGAAGAUGAUUUUUUGAACAGAGGAAUUCAUGUACGUGUGGAGAAUGCUGAUGAAGUUACAAAUACUCGUCGGCGUGAAGAAAUUGGUGAAUCUAGCGAACGUCGACGUAAGGAACCUAAGAUUAGUAAAACUGAUAAACUCGAUGCUUGUAUGGCGCAAUGGUCAUCUACAGUUAGUAUGAGGAAUGAAGAAACUGAACUUAGGACACUUUACCUAAAAGAAAAGCUUGCAAAGCUUCAAGGAAAAUCAUGCAAUCAAUCAGAUAAUGAAGCUACUAGUCUGGAUCCUUAUUCAAAUGUGAUUUGCAUGGACCUCUUGAACAAUAUGGAAGAUGUGUCUAAUGAGGUUUAUAUGAAAGCGAUAAAGGCUUUUAAGGAUCCAGAUUUUAGAGUGUCAUUUGUGAAGAUGCCAGAAAUUAGAAGAAGACCUAUCUUGGAGCUUCUUUGACUUGGUUGGUUGAUUGCGUAAUUUCUAAUAUCGUGUUAUUUUCAUUGGUGAUGUUGUAGCUGAAAGUACUAUGUUUUAUUACAUUAGCUUUAAGUACUGUUUUAUCUUCAUAGUUUGAUGUUGAUGGUUGUAGAACUGUGUUUCAACUGGAACUGUUUGAUGUUGAGUUUAUUUAGAAUUGAAUGCUUGUUAUA